UGAUAACUGGUAGCUCAAAUCGUAGAUAAAAUUUUAAGAGUUCAUAAUCAUUAUUUUCCAAAAAAUUUUAAUAAGUCUUUUAGUUUUAAAAUAUUUUUUAAACAAAGGCGUAGAUAAUUUUGUCAUCUGCUCCAUAGUUCAAGGCUAAAAUAUUGGCUAACCUGUUUUCGGCAACCAUUUCGUCGAUCGCUCCUUCUACAAUCCAUUGAAAUUGAGCACGUGUGUGAGUUGAGUUUGUGGUACAUUAUUAUUAUUCUUAAAUGUGUUGUUUAUUAUUAAGAGUUUGUUCAUAGUUCAUCUUUUGUUUCAAUUAGUGCUAGUCAACGAUCUAUAUAAACCUUUCGAAAUGAAUCAAGAGAAACUAAAGAAACUACAAGCCCAAGUAAGGAUUGGAGGGAAAGACCCUCGAAGAAAGAAGAAGGUUGUUCAUGCGACUGCUGCAACAGACGAUAAAAAGCUACAAAGCUCACUAAAGAAACUAUCAGUUAACACCAUACCAGGGAUUGAGGAGGUAAAUAUGAUUAAAGAUGAUGGAACUGUAAUUCACUUCAAUAACCCUAAAGCUCAGGCAUCAUUGGCUGCCAACACUUUUGCCAUCACAGGCCAUGGUGAGAACAAGCAAAUCACAGAAAUGUUACCUGGUAUUUUAAGUCAGUUAGGACCCGAAGGGUUAACACAGUUGAAGCGCCUGGCUACCAGUGUUGCAAGUAGUGGGGCAGGUGGUAAAACUACCAUUGAAGAAGAUGAUGAAGUUCCGGAAUUGGUCGAAAACUUCGACGAAGCCAGCAAGGAAGAGGUUCCAGUUAAUGUAACAACUGAGAAAGAUGCCUCUGGAGAAGGAAAAGAGAACAAGGAUCCAGUACAGUCUGAGUCUGAAUCCAAAGAAAAGGCUGCCUAAAGUUUAAGAGCUGUCUGUCAUCUUUGCUUCAAUAUCAACAGAGAGAGCUUAGAGUGCUAGCCUAGCCAAAGGGUCAUCUACCAUCCGAUUGGACUUCUUACAAUUUUCAUCAACUGUUAAUAUUGUAUAUCUGCAGGCGAUUGUCAGCUCAUCUCUGUAGCAUAAUCAAUUAUUUUGUUCUUUUUAUUAACAAAUAAAAUCUGUUUUAAUUUUAUAUGUGUGUUGGUCAGUAAUCAAUCACAAUAAAAAAUAUGUACCAUAAAA